AUGACGAACCCACCGUCUGUUGCGUCGCAGGGCUCCGGAGGGACGCACACGUACCCGAAGGGCAUUCUUAAGAAGAGUGUCCAGGCUGCCUUUGAAGCAUCCCCUCGAGCAAUUAUCCCGGGCCCCACAUCUCAUCUCGGCCCCAUCUUCGUCCUCGGGGAGCCCGGAAACGGGGCCCGAUCUCGUUCGGCCGACAGUUCUUGGUCGCGGAGGGCCCCGGCCCCGUCGGAUCCCGACAUCUUCCCCUCCUCCUCCUCCUCCUCCUCCUCCUGCCCCGCGCCGCCACCUCUUCUCCCUCUGCCGCUCUCCCUCCUCGACCUGCUCGGGCCCCUCUUCAUCAUUAACAUGAUGAACUCGUCGGCCUCGGCAAGGCAGUAUGGCCUGGCUCGGCAGUCGUCAGGUCUUCAAGGGAGGCCAGGCCUAUCGCGGCAGGGCUCAUCCUCAUACCCAUCUGACCGCGGCUUCGGCCCAGUUGGCUACCAGUCCAAAGUCCGUGUCAUUGACCGGUACAAAGUCAUAGGCUUCAUCAGCAGUGGCACCUAUGGCCGCGUCUACAAGGCCGUCGGCCGGCAAGGACAGCAGGGCGAGUUCGCCAUCAAGAAGUUCAAGCCGGACAAGGAGGGCGAGGUGGUGACCUACACGGGCAUCUCGCAGUCCGCCGUCCGGGAGAUGGCCCUGUGCUCUGAGCUGUCCCACCCCAACGUCAUCAAGCUGCAGGAGAUCAUCCUCGAGGACAAGUGCAUCUUCAUGGUGUUCGAGUACGCCGAGCACGACCUCCUGCAAAUCAUCCACCACCACACUCAGCAGCCGAGGCACCCCAUCCCGCCCGCCACCAUCAAGUCCAUCAUGUUCCAGCUUCUCAACGGCUGCCAGUACCUGCACGCCAACUGGGUGCUGCACCGGGACCUCAAGCCCGCCAACAUCAUGGUCACGUCCGCGGGCGAGGUCAAGAUCGGUGACCUCGGCCUGGCCCGGAUGUUCCAGAAGCCCCUCCACAGCCUCUACAGCGGCGAUAAGGUCGUCGUGACGAUCUGGUACCGCGCCCCGGAGCUGCUGCUGGGGAGCAGGCACUACACGCCGGCCAUCGACAUGUGGGCGCUGGGCUGCAUCUUCGCGGAGCUGCUGAGCCUGCGGCCCAUCUUCAAGGGCGAGGAGGCCAAGAUGGACUCCAAGAAGACGGUGCCCUUCCAGCGCAACCAGAUGCAGAAGAUCGUGGACAUCAUGGGCCUACCGACCAAGGAGCGCUGGCCCUUGCUGGUGCACAUGCCCGAGUACGGGUCGCUGUCGCAGCUGCAGCCGCCCAUGACGCACCACGGGCACCACGGCGGCGGCAGCAGGGGCCACCACGGGCACCACUCGUCGCAGCAGCAGCCGGCGGGCAGCCAGCUGGACAAGUGGUACAACAGCACCAUCACGACGAGCACGGGCACGUCCACGCCGGCGCCCAACGGCGGGCCCAGCUCGCUGGCGUCGCUGGGCCAGGAGGGCUACAAGCUGCUGGCGGGCCUGCUCGAGUACGACCCGGAGAAGCGGCUGACGGCCGCCCAGGCGCUGCAGCACCCCUUCUUCGCCACGGGGCCCGACAAGGUCAGCGCCAACUGCUUCGAGGGCCUCAAGGUCGAGUACCCGCACCGCCGCGUCAGCCAGGACGACAACGACAUCCGCACCUCCAGCCUGCCCGGCACCAAGCGCAGCGGCCUGCCCGACGACUCGCUGGUCCGCCCCGGCAAGAGGGUCAAGCAGGACGGCUAG